UAACAGCUGGGAGGCUGGAGCUCCAGUGGAGAAGCAACACGGUGGAGCGUACGGUGCGACCAGAUGAACAUGUUCUGACAAUGAACGCAGAGAAAACCGGAGAAAACAGCCAGAGAAAAUACCCAGCGCGCUGUAAAUGAAACACCAGACCACGGCUUAGCAGUAGAAAUCAAUGGUACAGAAAGGCAUGUCCAGGACGCCUUCCACCUCCACACAGGAAAUCCAGAUGGACAUGUUCGACCACCACGGAUCCCACUCGCAGGGGAAGUACGCUAAAAGGAAGAGUCGCUUCAAGCGUUCAGAUGGAAGCACGUCUUCAGACACGACCUCAAACAGCUUCGUCCGGCAGGGCUCGGCGGACUCCUACACCAGUCGUCCCUCAGAUUCUGACGUGUCUCUGGAGGAGGAUCCUGAGGCCCUGAGGAAAGAGGCUGACAGACAAGCUCUAGCUACACUUGAGAAAGCAAAGACUAAGCCAGUUGCGUUUGCCGUGAGGACUAACGUUGGUUAUAAUGCGGGUCCUAACGAUGAUGUUCCAGUGCAGGGCAUGGCCAUUUCAUUUGAAGCCAAAGAUUUCCUGCACAUCAAAGAGAAGUAUAAUAACGAUUGGUGGAUAGGCCGCCUGGUGAAGGAGGGUUGUGAGGUGGGUUUCAUCCCCAGUCCAGUAAAGCUGGAGAGCACUCGUCAGCUGCAGGAGCAGAGGAGUAGACAGAAUCGCCUCAGCUCCAGUAAGUCUGGUGGGAGCUCCAGUCUGGAUGUUGCCUCAGGAACCCGCAGGCCCACCCCACCUGGAACAGCUGAUAUGUCCUCCGCACUUUACGAUGACUCGUCGGAUUUGGAAGCUGAGGAGGCGGAGCCUGCUGACACACGUGACCGCAAGGGCGUGGCUGGCAGUGUCACCUCCCCUCAGGGAAACGUACCCCGUCUGCCCUUCUUUAAGAAGAUGGAACAUGUUCCUCCCUAUGACGUGGUGCCUUCUAUGAGACCCAUCAUCCUGGUGGGGCCGUCACUUAAAGGCUAUGAGGUGACUGACAUGAUGCAGAAAGCUCUCUUUGACUUCUUGAAACACAAGUUUGAGGGCAGAAUAUCCAUCACCAGAGUGACUGCAGACAUUUCGCUUGCCAAACGUUCUGUCCUGAACAACCCCAGUAAACACACCAUCAUCGAGCGCUCCAGUACCAGAUCCAGUUUGGCCGAGGUGCAGAGUGAGAUAGAGAGAAUUUUCGAGUUGGCUCGGACUCUGCAGCUGGUGGCUCUGGACGCCGACACCAUUAACCAUCCCUCUCAACUUGCCAAAACAUCUCUGGCUCCUAUUAUAGUCUACAUUAAGAUCGCAUCACCAAAGGUAUUGCAAAGGCUGAUAAAGUCCAGAGGUAAAUCUCAGGCCAAACAUCUGAAUGUGCAAAUGGUGGCAGCAGACAAACUCGCACAGUGCCCCCCUGAGCUCUUUGACAUCAUCUUAGACGAAAAUCAGCUGGAGGACGCAUGCGAGCACCUGGCUGACUAUCUGGAGGCGUACUGGAAGGCCACGCACCCACCCAGCAGCAACCCCCCCAACCCCCUGCUGAACCGCACCAUGGCCACAGCGGCGCUGGCCGCCUCCCCCGAGCCUGUCUCCAACCUGCAGGUACAGGUGCUCACCUCACUGCGCCGCAACUUGGAGCUCCUGGACGGCUCCGCCCCCGGGCGGGAGGGCCAAGUAGAGGAGCACGCCCUCUAAUAACAUGCACACAAAGCAAGCAAGUGGGGGGGAGGUGCUGGAGCUGGAGGACUGCUCUCCUCCCUCAGCGACGUGAAGAUAAAGUACAUGAUGAAGAAAAGUACACACAGCUGCUCAACAGAUCUAAUCUAAAUCUACAAGCACAACUUUUUUUAUUCAUCUCAUAGAAUCUGUGCACGUUUGUUGCCCGCCCAUCUCCCUAGACCCCCCCCCCCAACCCCACUCUACACCACCCACCUCCUUCCUAAAGGACACGUACACACAAACACAUACACCUAUAAACAACCAGCUCCCUGUCUGCCCCUCCCCCUCACCACCCCCCGCCCGCUCCACCCCAGCAGUCGCUGCUCUGCCUGGGCGCUCCAGUGGUCCUUUGUCGUCUGGGCAACGUAGGCUAAGAUCCCUGCCCCUUUUAGUGUUGCCAUGGCACCCGCCUGGCUAAACAAGCUCACCUCUUUACCAUAUUAACACCAUGCUUUCAUCCUAAUCCAGUGAGAGAGUGUGGACACUAAUGUUGUUUACACAGGUUAAAUUGCUGUGUGUGUGUCUCUGUGAGUGUGUGUUUGUGGGUUUUGACUGCAGAUUCAACAUAGAAAAGAUGGGCAUAUGCCCAGUCUCCACCUUAUCAGUUGUUAAGGAGACCAGAGUGCUGUAGUCAUGGUUGCAAGAUAGAUAGAAGCAAAUCACUCGAUAAUGAUCAAGAGAUCAAAAAAAAAAAAAGAGAUGAACACCCAAUUGUAAGCACAGUCUGUUUAAGAACAACAUACAGAAGAAAUAUUCAGCUUUUUAAGAAACUAUAUACACAGACCAAUAAGACAACAACUGGCACACUGGGCCCCUUUGGCUGAAAUAACACAACUAAAAUCCCUCUAGAGUUGCAAAAAAAUGAGACCAAGUUCUCUAUUAGUGGCUCAGGUAGAAUGUUAUACUAUACUCAACAACCGGGGUAUUGGCACAAGCGUCUCAAGUCGAUCGCAACAUUAUACUUGGAAACCAGGAUGUUGGCACAGCAGCUUGGGCCGAUUCCUUUUUUUAUACUUAGCAACCGAGGGGUUGGCACAAGUGCUUCAGGCUAAGUUCCAUAUUAUUGUCAAAAAAUUUGGGUGUUGUCACAAAUGGCUCAGACCGAAUCCUUUGUUAUUCUCGGCAACCAGGGUAUUGGCACAAGCAGAUUUAGCCAAUUAACAUAUUAUACCCAGCAACCGAGAUUCUGGCAAAAACGUUUCGGGUCAAUUCCCAUUUUAUACCCGCCAAACGAGGUGCUUCAGGCUGAUUUCCAUAUUAUUCUCAACAAUUUGGUUGUUGGCACAUAUGGCUCAGACCGAUUCCUUGUUAUUCUCAGCAACCAGGGUUUUGGUAUAAGCAGAUUCAGCACAUUCCCACAUUAUACUCAGCAACUGGGGCAUUGGCACAAGCUGUUCGGGUCAAUUCCCAUAUUAUACUUGCCUAACGAUGUGUUGGCACAAGCAGCUCGAGCCAUUUCCCAUAUUAUUCUCAGCAACUGGGGCAUUGGCACAAGUGGCUCAAGUUAAUUCCCAUAUUAUAUAAAAAUAUAUAUUAUAUAAUGGGUGCCCUUCUGAGUUCCCAAUAGAAAAGGUUGCCAUUAUUAAGUGCCUUUUAUUCCACCCUAAAAAGUGCCUUCUAUUUUCAAAAGCUAUGUUUAAAAGACUAUAUAUUGACAAAAUAUAUAAAAAUGUUCAAUGUAAUCAUCUAUGUAAGAUUCUAGCUCUAGAAAUUGAGACCCCAUGUUGUUCAGUCUGCCACUGACUGAGAGUUCCUGCUGGACACCAUUUACAUUUCACCUUACAUGAUACUCUCGUCUUAGACAGUAGAGGGCAGUAACACACAGCAAGUCAGCUGAAUCUGUGCUUGUUUCUCUUUUUAUAUCAGUAGGCAAACAAAAUUUAGGCUUCGGCACAGGGCUCUGGCUCUGGUCAUCACAGGGGUCCAGUAUUAAGUUAUUACAAAUUAAGAAAUAGCAUAAAAAACUGGACUAACUUGUCCAGUACUGAUGUAGAAACAGAUUUUCAUUCCAGUCACGCAGCAUGCAGGAACAACCCUAUGUUGCAAAUCAAGUGGUUGAAGUCUAAUCCCAGCUGAUUAAAGUACUGGAAUCAGGAGAGCUUCUGCCUGAUUGGAAUAAAAGCCUUUAGCCAUGCAGGCAGUUAUUUAUAAGAUUGAUGCAUGAUUGAUUGGUAUGUGCUUGUUUUGCAAGGAAAAUUGUUUCAGAGCAAACUUUUGUUUUUUUGUAAGUUUUAGUUAUCAAAUAAGACCUUGAGGACUCCUAAGUGGUUUAGAUUUUUAUUUCAACACAGAGGCAAUGUUCACAUGGCAGAUAAAUCUGAUUUGUUUUUUAGUGUUCACACCACUUUCUUUUCAUCUGAACAGUUCAGUCCCCUAAAUCAACUUUUUGCUUGUGCAAAAAGCAACGCUUUAUGUAAAGUUUUCCAAUCUGGCUGUUCUGUGUUCACAUAUGAAAGUGGUCUAAAAUGGAAUUUACAAUUUCAGAUGUAUUCUCAGAUCACCUAUGAUGAAAGCAUUAUGCUUUAGACCACUUUUACCUGCUGUGUGAAUGUAGAGAGUAAGUUAAUUAAACAAUUGUAUGUUAUAAAAUACCAACAGAUAACUUUAAACCUGCCCCACUAAACUCUCCAUACAGCCAUCUGUUUCUGCUAUCACAUCUAAAGGUCUUAACGUGCUACAUAAAUUAAGAUAUUGUGCAUUAAAUCAGCUUAAAUCAUAUUUUUUUCUUUAAAGAUAAUCCCAAACCCUGAAAGUGAAAGUGUCACUACUGAGAUAGCUCUAUUAACUGUAGUAUGACCUAACCUUAAUGUUGAGUGCUCUUUUUUUUUUAGUGUUCACAUCACUUUCUUUCGUCUCAACAGUUCAGGCACCUAAUUCCAUUUUUUUUGUUUGUGCAAAAGAGUAAUGCUUUAUGACUAAUGCAUUUUUCAAUUUAGUUGGCAGUUCUGUGUUUAUCACAUAUGAAAGUGGCCUAAAAUGUAAUUAAAUAUAAUCUCAGAUUCAUACUCACCUAAUUACCUAUGAUGAAAUCAGUCUGAUUUGGGCCACUUAUACCUGCAGUAUGAAUGUAGCCGUAAGAAUAGAUCAAUAGAGUGAAGUUAAAUAAACAAUUGUAUGUGUGUAUGUUUAAAUGCCAACAGAAAACUUUAAACCUGCCCCACUAGACUCUCCAUACAGUAAUCUGUUUCUGCUGUCACGUCUAAAUGUCUAAACUUGCUACAUAAAUUAAGAUAUUGUGCAUUAAAAGUAGUUUAAAUCAUAUUUUUUUCUUUAAAGUUAAUCCCAAACUCUGAAAGUGAAUGUAUCACUCCUGAGAUACUCUAUUAUCUUUAGUACAGCCUUUAGUACAGUUUAACACAUGACUGCAUAUAAUAUCACCUUUAUUAUACAAAUACAGUCAUAGACUACAGACUUUUCACUUAAACCUAACCUUAAUUUUGAGUGGUCUUUUUUAUCUGAACAGUUCAGUCAUCUAGAUUGAUUUUUGCUUGUACAAAAAGCAAGGCAUUAUCUGAAGUUGUGUUUACUCUUCUCCAUUUAUCCAAUCUGGCUGUUCUGUGUUUAUCACAAAUGAAAGUGGCCUAAAAUGUAAUUUAAAAUCUCAGAUUUAUACUCACCUGAUUACCUAUGAUGAAAUCAGUCUGCUUUGGGCCACUUAUACCUGCAGUAUGAAUGUAGCCAUAAGAAUAGAUCAAUAGAGUGAAGUUAAAUAAACAAUUGUAUGUGUUUAAAUGCCAACAGGCAACUUUAAAACUGCCCCACUACAUACAGUCAUCUAUUUCUGCUGUCACAUCUAAAAGUCAUAUAUUUUUUCUUCUUUAAAGUUAAUCCCAAAUGUCACUACUUAGAUAGCUCUAUUAACUGUAAUAUGGCCUCAGUUUAACCCCUGACUGCAUAUAAUAUCACCUUUAUUAUGUAAAUACAGUCAGACUGAUUUGAAGGUAUAGACGUAUGCCCCUAAAUAGUCUCAUCCUAAUUAGAUGGCCUUGAAACAUUUCGGUGUCUAGGAAACCUAAUUAUGAAAACCAUUUGAAAGUGAAACAGAGCUAACAAUUACCGAGUGUUGACAGAUCUGAUUAUAUUGUGGUAUAUUUAACUCAGGUAUCACCUGUCAGCUGGAAAAUCCAUUUCUUCCCUGUAGUAGUCACUGUGGCAUUGGCUGUAGUUACUUCCAGUCACAUGACUAGAAGGAACAGAUCAUGCUGCAGAUCUCAUGGUUUAUCUUUAACCACCAUGUGCAUAAAGUGUGACCUUCUUGCAGUGGUAUACAGUACUUUCCUGGCAUGCCAGAAAUUGUCCAUACAGGAUAAUAUACUGUUUAUUAAAUGUAAAUUAGGGUUAGGGUUAGGGUUUAUUUAAAAAAAAGUGAAGAACCUGUUUUCUGAACUACCUGCUCUGUUAACAGUAAACACCUAAUGAAUCAUAUGCUGACACAGCAUUCAGUACCUAGCAAAGUAAAUAGAAAUAGCACUCAAAGGUUUUCUUUAAGCCUUGCUUUUGACCAGAUUGACAGAAAUGGAACAACAAAAUCUUAAAAAAUAUCAAAAAAAUAAAAAAAAUGUAGGAAUACAAUGUAUUUACAUUAAAGGAGAACUCUGGUGUAAAAUGGACUUUUGGUGUAGUAAAACAUGGUAAAAAAAAAAA